CGCCGAGUGAGGGCAGUCAGCCGUGGAGAUCCAUCACAGACACUCGACGCACACAAUGAGGGCCCAAUCGGUAUUGCUAUUGAUCUGCAUCAGUGGUGUUUGGACCGUUGCCGUGGAGCAAGAGGAGAAGUCGGGCGACAGGAAGAUCGUACGCAUAUUGACGGAGAUCAGCGCGCAGCUGGAGACGCUGGACAUCAAGGCGACUGACGUAAUCAAACAUCAGAAAGGAUUCGAGCAUAAACUCAAGGAUCAACGCGAUCAGAUAGAGGGCAUUGUCAGACUAGAGGCUGGGCUGCUCAAACUGGAACAGGACACGGUCAACAGUUUCCAGUUGACGGCCACAGGGGUGAGGAACCUGACGGCCAUCAUUAACUCUUCCCAUAGCCAGAACGAAAAGGCCAUCCGGAAUCUGGGCAAGGUAGAGAUCGACAUCAAAAGAGCCCUAGGCCAGGUCGAUGCUGUUCAAAACAAACACGAGCAAGAGCUCAACAAGGUGGCCAAGUCCGUCGACAGACAUCUGGAGGAGAUCGAGCAGCUCCUCAAGCAGUCCGUUAUCAGGGAGAUCGUCUCACUGGACAGGAAGGCCAAGGGUCUGCAGCAUCAGCAGAGGAACAUCGAGGCCAAAGUGGUCUACUUGGAUGAGCUGAAUGCUCUGACCAGCCGGGCGAACCAGAAAGUGGAUCAACUGCAGCAGGGACUGCGCUCUCUAAACUACACGCAAGCGGAGAGCCUGGAUGGCAUUGAGAAGGUGAUACUCGCGGUGCAGGGAGGCAGCUCGCAGAUUGACCACAAGCUGGGAGCCCUGCUCAGGAAUCAGAAGAACAUUGAGAGCACUCUCGACGUCUGCAAGCGAGGCCAUUAUGCACACACAGGCAAUAAGAAGCCCCAGGACAGAUGGUCCUCCGCCCACCAAUCGCAGCCACGACAAAAGCCGACGGAGUACGAGACCAGCUAUGCCACAGAGGAAGAGGCCGAAUACCUCUACAAGCUCUGGUACGGCAAGGAGAAUGAAUAAACGAACAUCUGCAGCAUCUUAUGCCAACUCUCUUGCUUAAACUGAAAAUCCGAGCAGCUAACUCAAAUUAAACAUAAAUAAAUACACAUUUGAUCCUGUU